CUUCUGCUUUCAUGACGUGAAGAGACAUUCCAGCACGUUUGUCGCGCAAUACACAACCCGAACCAUUCGUAAACGUGCUCCUGGACCGUUUUCCGACCCUCACGGCGUACGCAGCGGUGCAAGGUCUAUGUCUUGGGGAUCGAGGUUCGCUCGGCCUCUAGAUCCUUGGUCAGGGACAUCGGACGGCCAGGAGGAGGUCGCUAAGGCUGCCAUAUUGGAGAAAGCUAUGAAGGGUCGUCAGCAGACGGAUCUUAUGCUACGAUGUACUGUUCUUGAUGCCCAUGGGAACGUCAAGACAAUUUCAGGACAGUUCAAGCGGUCCGAACUGUGCUCAGAGCAUCGUUUACACCCUCGUGACCUCCGCAAAAUUGAUUCCAGGAUCCCCAAUUUGGUCCCGACGAUUCUGGUGCGGCAAGAAGCCAUUCUAGUCAAUAUUCUUCAUAUUCGUGCCCUUGUGAAGGCGGACACGGUGGUUCUCUUCGAUACCUAUGGGUCGACAGAUUCGAAGCUCCAUUCAGUGUUUCUAUACCAUCUAGAGCAUAAUCUCAAGACCCGAAGCACGGGCUUACCUUAUGAGUUCUUAGCCCUUGAAUCCAUAUUCCUUUCAGUUGUCAGCGCCUUAGAGGCCGAAAUGGUUUUUAUUCGAAACCUUGUCGGGGGACUCUUGGCGGAACUCGAAGAUGACAUCGACCACGACAAAUUUAAGCGGCUGCUACAUUACUCACGCCGACUAGCGAGUUUUCAGAACCGUGCGAAGUUGGUUCAGGAGGCGUUCGAGGAAGUCCUCGAGCAAGAUGAGGAUCUGUGUGCUAUGUACCUAACAGACCGACGGAAGGGAAGCCCACGAGAACUUAACGACCAUGAUGAACUCGAGAUAUUGUUGGAGACAUUCUCUAAACAAACGGAGGAAAUCGUUAAUGAGGCGGAGAAUGCUCAGACCAAUGUACAAUCCACUCAGGAGAUCGUGGAGUUGAUCCUGGAUUCCAACCGAAAUUCAUUACUUGCACUCGACCUGAAGGUCUCGAUCGGGACCAUGGGGAUUGGCGUCGGUGCUCUAAUAGCUGGUAUCUUCGGAAUGAACUUGACGAGUUAUAUGGAAGAAACACCGUACGCAUUCGCGGCUAUGUCUGCGAUGUCGUUCACUGUGGCGAUGCUUGUCGCUUGGGGUGGAUUACGAAAACUGGCCAAGAUUCAAAAGGUCGGACUCUCGGCCAAUGCACGGGGCAGAAGACAAGGUCAAAGGAGAAGGUCAUUUAGUCUGCCUCUACCGUUGAGGAGGCGGACACCAGAAGAUUAGUGUGAGCAGUCUUCUGGUGGUGGGUGUUCUGUAAAUGGACAUUCUUCUCAGUGUUUUUUUGUGCUAUGAUACAUACUCAGACGGCCGAUGAAAAAGCUUUGUAGGAACACCCAUCACUCAUAACUUAUUUCGCCCGCACCACUCUUCCAUUGCAUCUCUUCCCUCCACCUCCCCACUCUUUACAUGCCG